AUGAAGCAAGGGAGAGGCCCAAAGAGCCAAUUCUCCCUCAUAGACAUUGGCAGCUGCUGGAAGAAUAGUGGUGCUCCCUGUGAUGGAGAUGUGCUCACAGAUGUUACCAGAUACAGUGAAAUGUCAUCAACCCUAAAACACCAGCUUGGUGCAGACCCACAAGUUUGGUCAAUUGUCCACCAUUCCAUAUCACCUCAGAGGACAAAAAGAUUUACAGGAAUGACACUGCAAACUUCCCAUAUGCAGCUUAUCACUACUAUUGCGCUCCUGAGAAUGCUCUUCACUUGGAGCAGCUUGUCAGUCUCUGUGAUCCUUACAGCAAUCCUUAGGCACAAGAACUGGUACAAAUACUUCCUCACCCAAUAUGGGCAGCAUAUGGGUAUCCAACCAAACCCAGGGAAGGGAUCAGGUACCCCUCCUGCUAGAAGAAUAUGGACUUCAAUGGAUGUGGGAACAGAAAUAUAUGUGAGUGACAAAGAUGAGACGGCUGAGUGUGUUCUCAGCGACUUCAAUGUUCUCCUUGCAUCUGCAGCAUCAUAA